CUUGAAUUUAAUAUGUACUUCCGGUGUCCUAGGUCAAAGUUUAUCCAUUGACGGGAGCAUGCGAUUGGCUGACUGGUAGUGUUGUGAAACUUCAUUGGGCAGACAGACACACGCCUUUCGUCAAUCUAAAAGAGCACAACAAACGACAAGGUGGUCCAUGUGCGUCUGACUGAGUCAACAGCAAGCAUGCUGACCGCACAGAGGUCAUGUGCAGCGAUGGCCGUCCGGCACCUGGUUAGAGCUUCUGUCUCCUCUGCACACACACGCUGCUCUCUGAUCCACACCUCCACAACAUGCCAGGACCAGGCUGAGCUGCUUCCUGAAUGGGUCAGUUUGGCUAAGAAACAGCUGAAGGGGAAGAACCCCGAGGAUCUGAUCUGGCGCACGCCUGAGGGAAUCAACGUGAAGCCUGUAUACACCAAAGCAGACUCAGCCGGCAGGGCAGAUGAAUUGCCAGGAGUGUUUCCCUACACUAGAGGGCCCUAUCCCACCAUGUACACCUACAGACCUUGGACUAUCAGGCAGUAUGCUGGCUUCAGCACUGUGGAGGAGAGUAACAAGUUCUAUAAAGAUAACAUAAAAGCUGGACAGCAGGGUCUUUCCGUGGCUUUUGACCUCCCGACACACCGUGGUUAUGACUCAGACAACCCCCGAGUCCAUGGAGAUGUCGGCAUGGCGGGAGUUGCUAUAGACUCAGUUGAAGACAUGAAGAUGCUCUUUGAUGGAAUUCCACUGGAGAAGAUGUCUGUUUCAAUGACAAUGAAUGGAGCUGUCAUUCCUGUGCUGGCGAUGUUUAUUGUGACUGGAGAGGAGCAGGGCGUGCCCAAAGCCAAACUAACUGGCACUAUUCAAAAUGAUAUUUUGAAGGAGUUUAUGGUACGCAACACUUACAUUUUCCCCCCGGAACCUUCCAUGCACGCCAUUGCAGACAUCUUUGCUUAUACCUCCCAGCACAUGCCCAAGUUCAACUCCAUAUCCAUCAGUGGCUACCAUCUUCAGGAAGCUGGAGCGGAUGCCAUCCUGGAAGUAGCCUACACCAUCGCUAACGGCUUGGAGUACUGCCGCACUGGUCUGACAGCAGGCUUAACCAUCGAUGAGUUUGCCCCAAGGUUGUCAUUCUUCUGGGGUAUUGGGAUGAAUUUCUACAUGGAAAUUGCCAAGAUGAGGGCAGCCAGGAGGUUAUGGGCCAUGCUCAUUAAAGAAAACUUCCAGCCCAAGAAUGCCAAGUCUCUCCUGCUCCGCACACAUUGCCAGACCUCAGGCUGGUCUCUCACUGAACAAGAUCCGUACAACAAUGUGAUCCGUACGGUGAUCGAGGCCAUGGCAGCUGUGUUCGGGGGCACACAGUCCCUCCACACCAACUCGUUCGAUGAAGCUCUGGGCUUGCCCACAGUGAAGAGCGCUCGCAUUGCAAGAAACACCCAGAUCAUUAUCCAGGAAGAGUCCGGCAUCCCCAAAGUCGCUGAUCCCUGGGGGGGCUCGCACAUGAUGGAGGCUCUCACGGAUGACGUCUACAACACAGCUUUAAAGUUCAUAAAAGAGAUUGAAGAGAUGGGAGGCAUGGCCAAAGCUGUGGCAGAGGGCAUUCCAAAACUUCGGAUAGAGGAAUGUGCUGCUCGCAGACAAGCCCGCAUCGACUCGGGAUCAGAAGUCAUUGUCGGGGUGAACAAGUACCGUCUGGAAAAAGAGGAGACUGUGGAGGUGCUGGCUAUAGAUAACACUGUUGUACGUGAGAAACAGAUUGAAAAACUGAAAAAGGUGAGGGAGAGUCGUGACCCCGAGGCAGCCAAGAAGUGUCUGGCAGCCAUUGAGGAGUGUGCCCGAACCAGGGAGGGCAACCUUUUAGCCCUGGCUGUGGAGGCAGCAAGAGCAAGAUGUUCAGUUGGUGAAAUAACUGAUGCCAUGAAGAAAGUGUUCGGUGAACACAAGGCCGGUACCAGAAUGGUGAGCGGUGCUUACCGCAGCGAGUACGGGGAGCAUGAGGAGAUUGCCUUGUGCCUUAAUAGAGUUACAGAUUUUAAGAAGCACGAGGGCAGGAACCCCCGACUGCUGGUGGCAAAGAUGGGCCAGGAUGGUCACGACAGGGGUGCCAAAGUCAUCGCCACGGGGUUUGCUGACCUGGGCUUUGAUGUGGACAUCGGGCCGCUGUUUCAGACUCCCCUUGAGGUUGCUCAGCAGGCGGUCGAUGCAGACGUACACUGUGUCGGGGUCAGCACGCUUGCCGCAGGACACAAGACUCUGGUCCCAGAACUCAUCAAGGAACUACGGAAACUUAACAGGCCAGAUAUCCUGGUCAUCUGUGGAGGUGUCAUCCCACCACAGGACUACGAGUUCUUGUACCAGAGCGGUGUGUGUGCCAUCUUCGGCCCAGGAACCAGGAUCCCACAAGCUGCAGUGGAGGUUAUUGACAACAUUGAGAAGAGCCUGGAAAACAUCCGUCAGGCCAUGUGAAGGCUUUGGUGGGUGGGGGAACGACAACUUUAAGAACUGUCUAUUUGUGUUGUAUCAACGACAAAGUCACAAGUGAGGGCUCACACUUCUGUAUGUUUCAUUUAUAGCAUAAGAUUGUGAAAAACAAACUAACAUGUAAUUCCCCACCAUGAGGACAGAGCAUGUACAACAGUCAAAAUGAUUAAAGAAAAUUGCAUAGUG